CCUUAUUGAGAUACCAUUUCACACUAGUGAGACUGGCUAAAGCCCAAAUGUCUUAACGAUACCACGUUUGUGAAAUUAUGAGGAAGCCCUCUCAUGCAUUGUUGACGGUAAUGUAAAUUGUUAUAAUUUAGAGAUCAAAUCGAUCAUUUAUUGACUUGAAGAUAUGCUGAUUCCAAGUUUCUAUGAUUUUGCUUCUAUAAAGAGAGACUCUUUUAUCAUUAAAGACUUUCUACCACUUCUGCAUGAGAAUAUGUGCACAAAGAUGUACACUGCAAAUUUGUUUAUAAUAGCAAAAAAAUUGGAAACUGACCUAAUACCCUUCCUUAGAGAAGUGGGGAAAUACCUUACAGCAGUUAAAAUGAAUGAAGUAGAUUUACAUAUAUCAACAUGAUAAAAUCUUGAGAAGAAUAUUGAAUAAAAAAAGUUCAGCACUUUAAGAUGAGAAAAGUUGAUCUCUGUUUGAGCUCUGAAGGGGCUGAAGUGAUUUUAGCUACAUCAAGUGAUGAAAAACACCCACCUGAAAAUAUGAUUGAUGGGAAUCCAGAAACAUUUUGGACCACCACAGGAAUGUUUCCCCAAGAAUUCAUUAUUUGUUUUCACAAACAUGUAAGGAUUGAAAGGCUUGUAAUCCAAAGUUACUUUGUGCAGACUUUGAGGAUUGAAAAGAGCACAUCUAAAGAGCCCGUUGAUUUUGAGCAAUGGAUUGAAAGAGAUCUAGUACACACAGAAGGGCAGCUUCAAAAUGAAGAAAUUAUGGCACGUGAUGGACAUGCCACUUACUUGAGAUUCAUUAUUAUGUCAGCCUUCGACCAUUUUGCAUCUGUACAUAGCAUUUCUGCAGAGGGCACAGCACUCUCAAAUCUUUCUUAGUAAUUAUAACAAGAUGUCUGGCAUGAUGUUUUAACAAUAUAUUUAUUUAAAUGUGAGGUUCUUUUAUAUACUUUAUUAAAGGGAUUUGUAUCAGUCUA